AUGGAUAUGCGAACGGGGUUAAAUCCUGCAUCCCGACACUGUUUUUUGCUUCGUACCGUAUCCGUCUCGAAGAUGGCUAAGCAUACUCCGAGGGUACAGAUCUCUGAUGGUGAAGCAAUCGGAGAGUUUCGUGAUAGCUACUCGGUCGCUAUCCAUAAUAAUUUCAUCUCCAGCAAAAACCACACAUCUUCCCUUAAGCCGCCACUUUCAGAGCCAAGUGAUAUACCUGUCAAUACUCAUGUCAUCCUCGCGGCCAAGGGUGUGCCCAACGAUGGUGACGUUGUUCGUUGGGAGAUUCCAAACCAGCUGUACGCUAUCUGCGGGUACAAUUAUUUGCCGGUUACACCUUCAUUGAGUGAGGAUGGUAUUGUGGCUGUCAUUGCGAAAGCCACUAUAGAGGUAGUGGCCAAGGCGUCUGUCACUUUAGGCUCCGACUCCAAAGAUGGCACCACCAAUGCCGCAUCAUCUCUGACCGUCAACUACUUAGAUGAGACGCUUUCAUUUGCGUCUACCGAGCUCGUGUCUUCGCUAACUACCGUGGGUGGUUUUACUAUCACUACGGGAGGCGGCUUUACUCCGCACCAAGCUAAGAGAGGUGUGUAG